AUGCCAGUGAUGGAGGUGGUGGCCAAAUAUGUAGGAUUAUUUUUGGGGAGUUUAGGCUGUGGGGAUGGAAAACUGAACUAUGCCCAAAUCAGUGUUGAGGUAUCAGUGACCUUCAGUGAUGUAGCUAUAGACUUUUCCAGGGAAGAGUGGGCCUUGCUGGACACAGCCCAGAGAAAGCUGUUCAGAGAUGUUAUGCUGGAGAAUAUCAAUCAUCUGGUGACUGUGGACAGGGGGGAGCUGUCUGAUCUCAUGUCCAGAUGCAUCUUGAGGAGCAGGGCUCCCAGGCUCUGUGAUCAAGAUAGCACUUGCCUGACUGUCACUGUGAAGGUAUUUCAUAGACGGAUUUGCAUCUAUAGUCAGUUGAAUGCAUCUUCCACUCAUCUACAAUCAACAAAGAAAAUUGCCCACAAAAAUGUAAGGAGGGUCUUCAUCCAAUUAGUUGGAGGUCUUAAAAGUCAAAACUGAGGAUUUCAAAAGUCAAAAAGAAUUUCUGCUUCUACUUCAGCCAUCCAGCUUCCACUGGGAAAUUCAGCUUUACCUUCAUAUGAGUCUCCAACUGAAAGUCUGCAAUACAGAAUUCAAACUGGGCAAUCACCAUGGUCACAUUGUGAAUCAAUUUCUAAAACAAAACUCUUAGUGUAUAUUGUAUCAGUUCUGUCAA